AUGGGCAGCACUGCAACCCCACAAGAGCACCCUGCCGGCCGUUCAUCGGGACCACAGCCCGGACAGAGCGCCAGUGGUGGGAGUGAGAGCAGUGCGGCACACAGCAGAUCAGGGAGUUUCGGGCCCCUGGAUGGCAGGGCCAGCAAUCCCACGUCCGCUGGCUCCCAGUACUCGGCGUUGUCAUUUGCCUCACAGUAUGGUAUCGGCUCAACGAGGCCACAGGGUACACCAGAUCCCGUCAGUGCUGUCGGCUCGCUCUACUCGAAUGCCAGUGAAGGCGGAGCCGGCAUGGAGCGGGAAGGCAGCUUACAUGGCCUGGAAGCAUUCGACAAGCUUACCCUCGAGAAGGCCAGGACACUGGAUGUGGAAGAUCUUGAUGACGAGGGUUGGCGAAUUGCAAGUCUGGAAAAGCGAAUCGUAGAGCUGGGCAGCCUUGGUGAAGGUGCCGGCGGAGCUGUAACGAGGGCUAUGCUCAAGGGUGGAAAGACUGUCUUUGCGCUGAAGGUAAUAACAACCAACCCUGACCCAGAUGUCAAGAAACAGAUUGUGCGAGAAUUGGGUUUCAACAAGGAAUGCGCGUCUGAGCAUAUCUGUCGGUACUAUGGAGCAUUUGUUGACCCGCAGACUGCCACCAUCUCUAUUGCGAUGGAGUUCUGUGAGGGAGGUUCUCUGGACAGCAUCUACAAGGAGGUGAAACGCCUCGGCGGCCGAACAGGCGAGAAGGUCUUGGGAAAGAUCGCCGAAGGCGUCCUCCGCGGCCUGACCUACUUGCACAGCAAGAAGAUCAUUCAUCGUGACAUUAAGCCUUCCAACAUCCUGCUAUGCCGCAAUGGCGAGGUCAAGCUGUGCGACUUUGGCGUGUCUGGUGACUUCGGUACCAAGGGCGAGGCAAACACGUUCAUCGGCACGAGCUACUAUAUGGCUCCUGAGCGAAUCACAGGCCAGAGCUACACCAUCACUUCUGACGUCUGGUCCACGGGUGUAACCCUCCUGGAGGUUGCACAGCACAGGUUCCCCUUCCCCGCGGACGGUACGGAGAUGCAGCCGCGCGCUGGGUUGAUCGAUCUCUUGACGUACAUCGUCCGGCAGGCGAUCCCGAAACUCAAGGAUGAGCCUGAUGCGAAUAUCUUUUGGAGUGAUAACUUCAAGUACUUCAUUGAGUGCUGUCUCGAAAAGGAGCCGAGCCGCCGAGCCAGCCCAUGGAGGAUGCUAGAGCAUCCUUGGAUGGUCGAGAUGCGCUCCAAGCGUGUCAACAUGGCUCGAUACCUCGCCCAGGUCUGGGGAUGGGACAGCCAGGAAGAGACCAAGGCGGAAUGA